CUAACUUUUUUUCUUGCUUUGUGCAGGACUUUGUUUCUGGGUAAAGAAUGCAGACUAUAAAGUGUGUAGUUGUUGGAGAUGGUGCUGUGGGAAAAACUUGUCUUCUCAUCAGCUAUACCACCAAUGCCUUCCCAGAAGAGUACAUCCCUACUGUGUUUGACAACUACAGUGCCCAAAUGACUGUUGAUGGCCGGACAGUUAGCCUGAAUCUCUGGGACACUGCAGGCCAGGAGGAAUAUGACCGCCUGCGUACGCUCUCGUAUCCUCAAACCAAUGUAUUCGUCAUCUGUUUCUCCAUCGGUAGCCCCUCUUCCUAUGCAAAUGUGAGGCACAAAUGGCAUCCUGAAGUUUCUCACCACUGUCCAAAUGUUCCCAUUCUUUUAGUGGGCACGAAGAGAGACUUGAGAAAUGACCUGGAAACAGUUAAAAAGUUGAAAGAGCAAAGCUUGGCUCCUACUACCCCACAGCAGGGGACUUCACUGGCUAAGCAAAUCGGAGCAGUCAAAUAUUUGGAGUGCUCAGCGCUGAAUCAGGAGGGUGUUCGGGAGGUGUUUGCUGAAGCUGUGCGUGCAGUUCUGUAUCCUGUGACAAAGAAGAACACAAGAAAAUGUGUCUUAUUGUAGUUACCUCGGGUGAUGGAUGUUUGAAGUUGAAUAUUGAUUAGAAUCUUGGAGGGCUCUUUAAUGAGUUAAAUUGAAGAUUUGCAUCUUGCACUAACAGCUCUAAGCAGAAAUGGUUUAUGCGACGAAUAUUCUUCAGUCUUAUUGCUUCAGGGAAACUGAAACAGAAGUGGUUUUUUUCCAACUGAGAGGUCAAAUACCUACUUUAUUUCUAAAGUUCCAGUCUCCAGCUUCUCCAGGGAUCACUUGGCUUCUGUCCUUAUUUAGUGGAGGAAAAUAAAAGAAGGGACUUCUUUGAAGCCAGACUUCUUUACUAGGUAGCCAUCAGUUACUAGAUUUGCUGAAAAGCACAAAUUCUGAUAACUUUGCUUUAAGCAUAGCUGCUGCUUUUCCCAGCCGUUAUUUACUGAUUGAAUUUUUUUACAAACAGAAGUCUGGCUGUCCAGUUGUUUUACUUUGUCAAUUUAAAGCUUGAAAACAGUUUGUUUACAUGCAAAAAUGCCUGAAAUAUUACUGAGAUUCACCUUAUAGUGAACUAUGAUCGUUUAUAUGAAGUUAGCAUAAGGCAUGUUUAAUGCAAUGAGCAAGACCCAGGGAACACCUGCAAUGAUUUUAUUAAUAGAAGCAGCAGCUGAUUCCUCCUAAUGUAAGGAACUUAGGAUAAUGAUGAAUCACUCAAAUGAGUGAUUUUCAUGCUUUUGAAUUGGAGAGGUGGAAGAGGAGUUUAGAUGCAAGUCUUCCAUAAUCAUCUAAAGUGAGUUUUUAUUUCACUCUCCAAAGAGACUUUGCACCCUGAGAAUGAAGUUAACAGUUACCUUCUUGGACUGACUGAGAUAGUUGGGAUGACACUUCUCAAAAUGAGAUUUUUGGUGAGAUCCCUUUGAUGAAUCCCAGAGACUUGAUAGCAGCCUGUUUGCUCUCGAGGAAUUAAUUGCUUCACUUCUUAAUGUUCUUGGGGCCACCACCUGAGAUUUUUGCGGCAAAUUCCUUUGUUGUUUUUCUGGGAGAACACUGACAGAAAAUUUGGAGGUUCUAUUUACAGGAACCAGGAACCGUCACUUCUUCCUGGCAACUCACUGAUGGUUUCAGUUAAAUUUGUAACUGUUAGCCAGUCACUGGAUAGGUUUACCUGGGCAGUUUUCUCCUCUCUACUAGGUGAUCAGUUAUUGUAAACUCUUUUAACUGAAGUUCUAUUUAUGUACUUUUUAACUUUCUUUAGCAGCUCUAGUGAGUGGCAGCUGGCUUUUAUUUUCAGGAUGUGCACUGUUCUUUAUGUGUGAUUUCGGGACCAGCUGAGGAGUGAGUGCAUGAAACCUUCCUUAGACUUAACCUUACAGCUUGGUGGUAUGAAAGCAGCAUGCUUCAAAGAUACUUUGUGUGAAACCAAUGGUGCUGGACUAGGCUUUGUUGUCUGAAGCUGACAGUGCUGUCUUUGUCCAGAUGCAGCCUCAAUUGGUAAUUCAGAACUUGCUUUCUUGUGAUUCCCACACAUGCAAAACUGCACUGGUGUAUACCCUGGGCAGAAAAAAAGCCUCAUUUUAGCAAGAUAACAGAAAAUGCAUCAACAAGAUUAUUAGGGAUCUUGUGUUAAUUUGACCUUGCUUUAUGUGACACGGGCAAAAAUAGCAGGUGGAUAGAAACAUUCGUAUUUGUGCCCUAGUUCCUCUCUUUGAAGAGGAUGUGCCUUUCUUCAGCUGGUGUAACUGAUGGUGACACUAACUGCAAUUUUUGUAUGUCUGAGGUAUGCUCGUACUGGUACUGCUUUAGCAAACUGCAACCCAUAGAUGAUAAACUGCAGCUAAUCCAAAUACUGGUAUGUGUGGCUAGUGAACCAACGCCGAGUUCCAAACAUUGCCUGAUCGCAGGCAAUACCAAAACACCCGUUAUGCAUGAUUUUUGCAGAAGCCUAGAGAGGCUGCAUAUUUUUCUUCACCAAGUGCCAUUGCCUGGAGUGUCUUUACGUCUUUUGCACUCGUAGAAGUGCUGUUCCAGACAUGGCUCCUACCACGGUGCCCUGCAGGCUGUGAGGGCGUAGGAGUAUUUCAGUGAGGUAACCUCUACUCAUCACGUUCUGCCUUUACUUUAGUAGUAGGCCUUUAGUGUGAGCUUGACUUGCAGGCAGCAAUUAGCUCUGUGCCUUGUAAUUCAAGAUUAUUUUCUGUAGGUAAAUUUCAGUAACCGAGUAAAUAGAGUUUAUCAUGUUUAGAAUGUAUUUAUUUAAGCCAGUGCACAUGUGUUUUUUUUUUUUUAAAGCUGGUCAGGCCUAAAUCAACUGUCUAGUUACCCUGGUGCAAGCCCAUAACCUUUGCUUCACUCAGAGAUAUACUUUAAAAAUUUUGUGAUAUGUUUGAACUGCUCUUAAAUAGACUUAAUUUCAACAACAGGCACCUCUUUUUUUUUUUUGCUACAUAUAUUUGCAAUUUUGUACUGAAGCUACUACUGUUUUAAAAAGUUUUUACUUUUUUACAUACUGAAAUCUUUUAGUUCUGCAUCUUUUGUGGUUAUUCCUAACUGGAUUACAGUAAUUUUGUGGAGGAGAAAUCCUGUGAGCAAGUAUUAUUGCACACACACCCCUGUUUCUGUAGGCUCACAGAGCAGCCAUCCUGGCGUUAACUGGAAGAGAGUAUGGUGAGAUAAAAUUCAUCUACUUAAUCAAUUUAUUUGAAUUGAUUACAUUAUUGAUUACAUUCUUCUAGAACACUUUAUCCCCAUCUAGAUUACUUAAUAAAUGGAUUGCACAACAGUACUGAGGAGAAUAACACAAUAGUGAUGAAAAUGAGCAGAAAGUGAACUUUGAACACCAUCAAAAACUUUUUACUGACUUUGGAGUACCUCAUUAAUAGUCAUUUAGAUGCCUUGUAUUUCUGUCACUUUCCACCAGGAGCAAAAGUCCUGACAGCUGGUUUCCUUCACCCUCUGUUUUUCAUGAGAAUGAGCUUCAGGAGUGCGUGGAUCCAAUGAGCUUUUCCAUUCAGUGGCAUUCUCAGUUUGUGAUCUUCCUUCCUUCCCUGCUCUGCACUCCCCCCUCCCUUACAGUUCUUGGUGCAUUUUAUUCUAAGUAGUCCAGUGCUUCAGUCUACAAUCCAUUGCGUUCCUCCCACUUGUUUUUUUUCCUGUGGGCAGGUAACAAAUACAGACUUCACACAAUCCCAUGGCUGGAUUUUGUCUGUUUUCAGGAGAUCAGAAAACCCUGGUUAAGCUGUACGGGUUUCCCGAACUGUUCAAGAUUCCUCAGUGUGUUACUGAAUAGAAACACAGUGUGUACGUCUUAAUUCACAGAAGAGACUUUCUAUGAAGAGACCGAUUUUAAUCUUUCAGUUUGUGAAUUAUUUCUGAAAUACUUAAGUGAUUUUUUUUAAAUAUAGCUGAAGCCAUCCACAGGGAGCUGAGCAGUUCAGGAAUUCUGUGUCCAAAGGAUGUUAUGAGGUGCGCUUAGAUGUGUAAGUGCUUUCUCCAGUUUACAGCUGUAGCUAUUUCUAUGAAAUUUAAACUAGAAGAGCCUCACCGUGCUUUGUCUCUGAGUGCUAAACCUUGCUCUGUAGAAACCUCGGUGCUGCUUGGGCUGACCCCGAGAAGAGGAUGGAUCACAUGGGGGUCCCAACCCCCCGGGGUGGGCUGCAGGGAGCGCCCAUCAGCAGUGGGAGCCCAAGACUCUUAAGUGUGGUACUGAUACAAACACUGGCAACUUGAUUUUAUACUAUAAAAGAAUUUGUAUUACAGUUAACAGUUUUAAAGGUGGGUUUUUUGUUGUUUUUUUAAAUUAUGCGGAAUUAAGUUGUAAUAAACCUUUCCUCAUCUCUCUGGCUCUCGUAUUAACUCACCCUGCUGUUUGUAACGCACCUGUUCUAAACGUAGUUCUUUCCUGUGGAAAGCCAGACCCCGUUUCUUAAAUGCAAUAAACGAUUUUUCGGUGAA